CCAGGCUAUGGUGUAGUCCGCAGUUAACCAAGGCAGCUUAUUACAGGAGCGUAUCUGUCUUCGGACGAGUUUGCCGGGCUAAUAUCACUCGCCUCAGGACUUAUGUACUAAGUCUGUUAAACCCACUUGCACGUCCGUGACUCCCUCACACUCUAACACCCAACAACCUCACUUCUCAUACUAGUACAUUCUUCAUUCCCAAGCCUGUAAUGUCCGCAUCCUCCUGGACAGUCACCAUGCAUCGACUUGUUUGUCCGGCAGACCUACGAGGACAUCUUCCGCGAGGUCAAGGCAAACCUGUGUCCCACUUCGACGCGUUUGUUUGGGCAGGUGGGAAAUCUUCCGCAGUCCGCGGCGAGUCGCUGACCAGCAGGGUGGCCGCAGGGAUACACAUAGUGUCGGUAGCGGCACAUGGUUAUAGUUUGGUUUUUAGUGAUGGAGGUUUCUUAGUCGUGUAUUGGGAUCUUAGCGUUAGUAGUGUGUGGUUCGAUAUUGGGUUCCUGCCCAGUUCGAUGCUUGAUCUGUAUCGGUAUUGUGAUGUCUUGUCCUCGUUCUUCUUAGAGAGACGAAGGAAGUCAUUUACAUACCUGAUUCAGCCUGUCGUUGUGGACUUGCCCUGCUGCUUUCUUGGGGCCCUCAGUGAGAUGCCCAUGAGGGCCGUAUCGCAGGCAUUGGCAGGGCCAUGUGUGCCAGGACUGCCGCAACCUCUUCCUGGCCCCCCCAUGACGAUUGGUCAACUAGCCUCAUUUCCGAACAACAUAUUCCAAGACGUGGCCAGUCUGGUGAUGGCACCGUCAGGAAGGCCAACCCGACCUGGGUUCGGAACAUUCCCGGGUCCGCGUUCAAGCUGGAUUUAGACGAGAAGAAAGUUUUGAUCAUGUCGGGGGAUUAGAAUUUGGCAUCAUCAGUAGCCAGUUGGACGGAUGGCCGCUCCUAGGACCGGACAAAGGAUCACUAUGGCGGUUGAUUGAUUUAUUAAAG